UAUAACAGACUGUUUACUUUCAAACUCAUCUCUCUCUGCUAAAUCCAUUUUUUUCAUGCAAACUUUCUCAUCAACAUCUGUCACUCUUCUCCCACGCGUCCAUUCUCCUCUUCCUUUAUAUUCACUCCCACCUUCUUCCCUCUUUUCUCAUCCUCAAUUUAAUCAUCAUUCACUCUUCAAUUAAUUUAAUUUUUUUUAAAUAAAAAAAAUAAAUUCAAAUCUGCCGUUCUAUCCAUGGCUGAGCAACAGUCCCGUACCCAGCAGCAGCAGCAACAGCAACAAAUGCAAGUUCAGCCAACGGAGGCUAUCAAAAGCCUUCUUCCUCAAAAAGGUCCUUCUAAAUCCCAAAUCCUUGCUGUCGUCACUCUCUUCCCUGUCGGUGGAGCUCUCCUUUGCCUCGCCGGACUUACGCUCGUCGGAACUGUGAUCGGACUUGCCGUUGCUACUCCUGUUUUUCUGCUGUUCAGUCCGGUUUUGGUCCCGGCGGCACUGACAAUCGCGCUGGCUGUUACCGGAUUUUUGACGUCCGGUGCGUUUGGGAUAACGGCGUUGUCGGCGUUAUCGUGGAUGAUAAAUUAUAUGAGGAAAAUGAGGGGAACAGCUGGAGAGCAGAUGGAGCAUGCGAAGAGGAGGGUGCAGGAAGCUGCGGGGCAUAUGGGACAGAGAACAGCCCAGAAGUAGGCUACUAGAAUGCGUGAUUGAAUUCUGAUUGGAGUACUGUUAAGUUCUGUGUUUUUUUAUAUAUAAUUUAAUAUGUGUAUGUAUUACUGUCUUUAAUGUGCUUAAUUUGCAGCGUUUUGAUUUUCUAGUACUAUAAUAAAAUGCG